AUGGCGGCAAACAGGAUUGAUACGAAUUAUCAAAGCGAACUUGAUUUUACGUCUCCCUCGUUCAACGCUUUAAAAGCUUUGCAUGACAAAUAUCUUCAACCACCUGUCCCGAAUGCUCGCAUUUUUAAUACCAUUAAGGAAUACGCUCGAUCGUUGGAAACAGAAAAAAAUGACUUGUCACAUAAAAAGUCAACUACAAAUGUUAGAAGCGAGAGUAAAGCCAGAACUAAAAGCAUAAAAUUGCGAAAUCGUGAUCCUAGGAAACUAGAACAUUUAAUGAAAGUAAAAUCUAGAACUGAUGGUGUCAUAGAAAAGGUAGCAAUGUUGGAAAAGACCAAGAAGUCAAAACAGUUAAAUGUUUUGGACAGAAUGGAAAGCAAGUUGAAUCAAGGACCGUUUAGUAUUUUGUAUAAUUGUGUUGAAAAGAAGAUAAAGCUGAAAGUGUGGACAAGGAACCUUAAAGGAUUGAGAGGUUUAUCUGUAGGAUAUCUUAUAGCAUUUGACAAGCAUAUGAAUUUGGCUAUGAUGGAUGUGGACGAAAUGUUUGUCGUGGAAGAGAUAGUUGUAACGGACCCUGUGGAGGUAGAGAAUGCAGCAUUGAGAAAGAUGGAAAAACGGAAAGAGAAAAAAAGAAAAUGGCGAAGGGAGAGACGACAAAAAUUACGACAAUCCACUUUUGAAAAUGAUCUGGGACAAAAAGGAUUACAUUUGGAUGAGUUGGGAUGCAUUGGUGAUGAUCUAUUGAGAACUGGUGUGGAUCAAGGUGUUGAAAAGAGGAUGACGGGAGAUAAUGGAAAAUGUUCUAACUGGGAUGCUACAAAGAGAAAGAGUUUAGAAGAUCAGAAAAAUGGUGAAAAAUUUGAUUUUCCAUCCGCUGAACUGAAGGAGAGUAAAACUGUGAGAUCUGAUGACUUUACUGAAGAUGAGAGUUUCUUUAUUAAAGACAAAACUUGUCUUCUUACUGAUGCAAAACUACUUGACACUUUUCAGUGUGACAAAAGAAAACCUGGCGAAUUUGUGUGUUUAGUGAAAGGCGGAAAAAAAGUCGACGAAGAUGACUUAAACGCUAAAGAGACAGUAAUAUGUAGAGAUGAUGUGAUUGAAAAGGAAACCUUUGUAAAACAUAUGUUGGAAAAACCGAUAAAACAACAAAAUACAACAGAACAGGGUUGUUCUUUUGGCAAAGACGUUGAUUAUCAUAAUGUAGGUGAAGGUUCUUGUAAGACACAGUUACCUAUUAACUCUCUUUGUGUUCACGUAAAGUCAAAUAGAGAUCUUGAAAAUAAUGAAGAAGACAGUUCUUGUGAUGAAAAAAAUAAGGUAAAAAUAUCUAAUCGAAAUGAUGAUCAAAAAGUUGCCGUGCAAGAAGAAGAGGCAGUUGGUGGCAAGUCGGAAAAUGAAUCACUUUUGUCGAACGAUCUCCCCAUAAUUCACGAGAAUUUUGUUUUUCUCUGCGAUAAGAGUUCAGCUCUUGUCACAGAUGGGAAAUGUGACGUUAGUUUGUCAAAUAAUGUUAAUGAUGGCAAAGAAGAGGGAGAAAUUUCUUCCAGUGAAAAUGAUGAAGCAACCAAUCACUCCGUAGACCAGGAAAAUAUUGACUUUAGACUUUCGAUUGAAGACGGAAAUAGGAAAUCUAUCCAGGGAGUUUCAUCCUAUAAAACUAAUACAAGAACAGGCAAAGAUAUUAAGAAUGGUGACAAUUCUAGGAACGCUGAGGAAAAUAAAGAAAUCAAAGAAAAUUUUGCUGGGAAACAUGGAGAAAGCAAAGUGCACUUUGCCAGUGAUAAACAAAUAGAAAAUGAAUAUGAAAAUCGACAUGAAAAGGAGGGAAUCAAAAAUAAGCAACUUGUUGAAAUUAAGAAAAAUGAUUCCUUUUCGAAGAGCAAGCCUGUUCAACCGAAAUUAUCCAAAGAAAUUGAUGGAAAAAAUCUUUGCAAAGUAUUCAAUUUUGAUCAACUAAAUUUGAACAGCACAAAGUCAAAUUCAAUCGUUACGAAAGGCAGCAAUAGUUCGAAAAACAGAGAUAAGUUAGGGACUAAACAAGAUCAAUCAAGAACAGUUAUCAAGUCUCGCCAUAAGUCUAGUGCAAAGCGAUCAUCAAGGUCGGCUGAUAAAACGUAUGAAACUUCUUUAAAAGAGUCCGGCAAACGUAAACGAUAUGAAGACUUGGAUGAUCAUCAUGGAUUAAAGAAUAUUCCUCGAUCUUCCAAAAAUAAAAUGACCAAAAUCAAGGAAAAGGUUGUCAAGACUGUAGAAGCUAAGCUUCCAGGAAACGUCAUCAACGUUCGUGUUUUGAAAGUCAAAGGGGGAAAAGCAUUAGUUUUAAAGAAACGACAUACAAAUCAAUUGUUUAUUAGAGGUGAUAAUGUUAUAAUGACAGCUUAUGAUAAAUUCUAACGUUUGACAAUAAAUACUUUAAGCAAA